GGAAUCACAGCGGCAGCGGCGGCUGCGGCGCGCGCGAGCCGAGUGUGAGCGGAAAGGGACCCGGCGUCUGCCUCCGGGCUGAAGACCGGAAACAACAUGAAGUAGAAACAAUUCAGGCAGACUUUGGGAAGAUAUUUGUGUGCAGGGAUACAAGUGAUAAGCCCAAGCAAUGGAAGGAUUACAGCAUUAUAUCAACCCAGCACAUGCCAUUUCUCUUCUGAGCGCGCUCAAUGAGGAGCGCCUCAAAGGACAGCUGUGUGACGUGCUUCUGAUUGUUGGAGACCAGAAGUUUCGAGCUCAUAAAAAUGUCUUGGCUGCUAGCAGUGAAUACUUCCAUAGUUUAUUUACAAAUAAGGAAAAUGAGUCACAAACUGUAUUUCAGCUUGACUUUUGUGAACCAGAUGCUUUUGAUAAUGUUUUGAACUACAUUUAUUCCUCAUCUCUGUUUGUGGAGAAAGGCAGCCUUGCUGCUGUGCAAGAACUAGGCUACAGCCUCGGGAUUUCCUUUCUGACCAACAUCGUUUCUAAAACACCUCAAGCACCCUUUCCAGUGUGUCCCAACAGGAAAAAAAUAUUCAUAGAACAUGAUGAAAACAGUUCUCAAAAGAGAAGUGUCAUUGUCUGUCAAAGCAGGAGUGAAGCACAAGGGAAAACUGUCGGUCAGAGCCCACCCGACCUAAGCCAUACCUCCGUCAAGGCCACUGCCAGUAAGCCACAUGUCCCCAGACCAGUCGAACCACUUCACAAUUUGUCAUUGACAGAAAAGAGUUGGCCAAAAGAUGGUUCUUUGGGAUGCACAAAGUCUCUUGAGCGUUCUGGAUCUUUGGAUGAUACUAACAGAAGCAGUCUGGUGAAAAGGAAUGCAGUCCUGCCUUCCACGCCUCCACAAGACAGAGAGGCAGUAGAUGAUAAACCAGGUGGGAGCAGUCAGCUUCCCAAAGGAAAAGCUAUAGAGCUGGCUUUGAAAAGGCCACGGCCACCUGUGUUGUCUCUUCGAAGCUCAUCAGAAACUCCCUAUUUAUUGAAAGAAACUAACAGAGGAAAUGGCCCGGGCGAGGACAGAAACUUGUUGUACUAUUCAAAGUUGGGCUUGGUGAUCCCGUCUGGUGGGCCUGCUUCUGCAAACCAAAGCAUCGACAGAAGCGGCCCACUUGUUAAGAGUCUCCUGCGACGGUCACUGUCGAUGGACAGCCAGGUUCCUGUCUAUUCACCCUCAAUAGAUUUGAAAUCUUCCCAGGGGUCAUCUGCAGUGCCAAGUGAUGCACCAGGGAAUGUGUUUUGCGCUUUAUCUCAAAAGUCAUCUUUAAAAGAGGGUAGUGAAAAACCAGCCCUGGGUGACGGUACUCCAGCCACACAGCCACACCGCCUCAGGUCCUUCAGUGCUUCUCAGUCCACCGAGAGGGAAGGCGCCCCUCCUGUCGCUGAGGUUCGAAUCAAGACAGAACCCCGCAGUCCACUGGCAGAUCCCUCUGACAUCAUUCGGGUCACUGUGGGAGACGCUGCAGCGGCGGCUUCCAGCUCAAGAGACCUUCCUCUAAAAACAGAAGAUGACCAAAAAGACAUGAGCAGACUCCCAGCAAAAAGGAGGUUCCAGGCAGACCGAAGACUACCGUUGAAGAAGUUAAAGGUGGAUGAGCAUGGCUCUCUGGUGUCAGAAGAUAAUCUCGAGGAAAGCUCAAGCCCCACUCUCAACGCAGAUUUUCCAGAUUCUGACUUGAGCAAAGAUGAAUUUGGUGAGUUGGAGGGAACAAGACCAAACAAAAAAUUUAAAUGCAAACAUUGCCUUAAGAUCUUUAGAUCAACAGCAGGUCUUCACCGGCACAUUAACAUGUACCACAACCCAGAAAAGCCCUACGCUUGUGACAUCUGUCACAAGCGGUUUCACACAAACUUCAAGGUGUGGACCCACUGUCAGACCCAGCACGGCAUAGUGAAGAAUCCGUCACCAGCCUCUAGUUCACAUGCCGUUCUGGAUGAAAAGUUUCAAAGAAAGCUGAUUGACAUAGUGAGAGAGAGAGAGAUUAAGAAGGCCCUGAUCAUUAAGUUGAGGCGCAGCAAGCCCGGUUUUCAGGGGCAGAGUAGUUCCCCAGCUCAAGUCAUCAAGAGGAACUUGAGGUCGCGAGCCAAAGGCGUGUACAUUUGUACUUACUGUGGAAAGGCCUAUCGCUUUCUCUCUCAGUUCAAACAGCACAUAAAGAUGCACCCAGGAGAGAAGCCCCUUGGAGGACACAAGGUCGCUAAGCCGAAAGCGCUCACUCUUGACGGUCCGGUAGAGAACAAGGAGGUUUUCCAGUGCCGCCUCUGUAACGCUAAGCUCUCUUCUCUCCUAGAGCAAGGCAGCCACGAGCGACUGUGCCGAAACGCCACCGUGUGCCCCUACUGCAGCCUUAGGUUCUUUUCGCCCGAGCUCAAGCACGAGCACGAGAGCAAGUGUGAGUACAAGAAGCUGACGUGCCUCGAGUGCAUGCGCACGUUCAAGUCCUCCUUCAGCAUCUGGCGGCACCAGGUCGAAGUCCACAAUCAGAACACCAUGGCCCCAGCCGAAAACUUCUCCUUACCCAUCCUGGAGCACAAUGGUGAAGUCACCAGUUCCUCCAGGCCCCAGGCCCAGCCAGAGCCUCAGAAAGCAAACCACGUGGUCACACCAAAAGACGACAAUGCGUUCAGUGACUGUUCAGAGCAAGUCAACUUUGAUUCAGAAGAUUCCUCCUGUCUUCCUGAAGACCUUAGCCUUUCGAAGCAACUGAAGAUCCAAGUCAAAGAGGAGCCUUUGGAGGAAGCUGAGGAAGUGGUGCCUGAGGCCAGCGCAGCUCCCAAAGAAGCAGCUUCGAGCAAGGACCCGGGCUUGUGGCCCUGUGAGAAAUGCGGCAAGACGUUCACCGUGCACAAGCAGCUGGAGCGGCACCAGGAGCUCCUGUGCUCCGUGAAACCGUUCAUCUGUCAUGUUUGCAACAAAGCUUUCCGCACCAAUUUCCGGCUCUGGAGUCACUUCCAGUCCCAUAUGUCUCAGGCUACAGAGGACUCAGCGCAUAAAGAAUCUGAAGUGUGCCCUGUUCCCACAAACUCACCAUCUCCUCCACCUCUGCCCCCGCCACCACCGCUGCCCAAGAUCCAGCCCCUGGAGCCCGACAGUCCAACAGGUGUUUCUGAAAAUGCAGCUCCAGCCACAGAGAAACUGUUUGUGCCCCAAGAAUCGGACACACUUUUUUACCAUGCCCCGCCCCUUUCAGCGAUCACAUUUAAAAGACAGUUUAUGUGUAAACUUUGCCAUAGGACAUUCAAGACCGCGUUUAGUCUUUGGAGUCAUGAACAAACCCACAAUUGAAAGACCUCCCCUUUCACCUAUAACGAAAUGGGGGCGGUCUCCAGAUUUCAGCCUAAGUUGUGAAAUGUGUCAUAAGAAGCAAAAUAUUUUUUACAAAAUAAUAAAGGUUGGAAAUUGUUAUGCUUGAGUAUAAGUUUGAGGUAAACUGAUAUUAAUUACUAACGUCCAUACUCAACUUAGAAAAACUCUAAAAAAUACUGUGCUUCUGGACCUUACAGUCACAGAACGACAACUUCAUUAAUGUUGAAAUUUGAUUGGUCUUGGUUUGUUUGCAUGGUUCCUCAUUCCGCAGUGUCAUUGUAAUCUUUUACUUGAGUUGGUUUUGUUUCCGUAGAGAUUUGCAACUAGUGGAAUACUAUUAAAGUAUUUCUUUUGGUUAUAUCAGACACCUAAGUUGUAGUUAAAUCCUAGCCAUGUUCUUAAGUCCAAAACUUAUCAGGAAGAAGUGGAGUAGUUUGCAGUGUUGAUUUAGGUCUUUAGAAGACUCUAGCAAUAAGAAAAAAGAUAAACCUCAACUUUAAUAAGUUAUCCUGACACUUGAUAAAAAUAUUUGGCAUUUUGUGGUCAUGUAGAAAUUUUUGUAUGAAAAUUGUGAAAAAUUUAAAUCAGCAAUAGUAAUACUUAGAUUUUUAUAAAUAAAAACUUGCUCUUGGGUCAUUUAAUUACUGAUGGAAGACUUGGGAGGUGAAAACAUUAGGGUUUCUGGAAGGCUCUGAAGUCCCUGCACAAGGCUUCAGCAGCAACAGGCUGCCCCGAGUUCCUCCGGCACUGGGAGGUUGACCAGUGUACUUGGGACAAAGAUAACAUGGCACUAAUUUUGAAAUUAACAACAUUAGUAUAACAAAUAAGGUCGGGACCUAUAUUUACAUAGUUCAGCGGCUCUGAAUCCCGAAUUACCAUUCACUUCCAGAGACUUGAAGCAGAGGGAGGAACACCACACUGCAGUCUCCACGUGCUUUUCAAAAACAAUAUUUACAAUACACAGUUUCCUACCUCUUUGUCUCGUGAUAAGUUCUGUUAGAAUGUGUUGGAGUUUAUCGUGGUAAGACAUCCGUAGUGAAACCAAUCUGCUUAGCAUUUCAUAACUAGGUAUUAAGGAACUAUCAGGGGUCCAAAAUUAGUUUUUCUUAACUUCUUUUGGCCCAUAGGGUUUUUUGAGCUUGUUUUUUCCUUCUAUUUUGUGUAAGUUGUAAUUAAAAGUCUUUCAUUAGGUGUUACCCAAAGUUCAAGGGGCUGUUUCAAAAGGUAAAAUUUUUAUUUUAUUUGUGUGGGGUGAUUAGACAUAUAAAAGUAGAAAAAUUGGGGAAACUACAAAAUCUUUUUAAGAUAGUGAUAUGGGUUAAGACUCCCAAGUUUAUUAAUUUUUUUACAAGCUAUUCUUUCAAAUAAAAAAUUCAGUGACUGUGACUUAAGAAAUACUCUGCUGAGUACUUACAUUUGUGCUGCAGCAGACAACUGUCCUCAUCAACCUCAUUACCCACAUUCCAUACCAAAGGCAGGAAAGACAUUCUUUUUAUUUGAAACAAGCCUUUUAAUAAGGUACUAAAUGACUUGUGCAUUACAGAAAUGACGUAUGAAAUUUUGCCUUUUAUUCUUCCAUUGGAAAACUCCAGUGUCCCAAAAUAUUUGAGUCGUUACUUCCUAUUUCUGUUCGUAACUUAAAUUUGAUGGCAGAAGGAAAAUAAGUUACAGUUAAUGAUUGUUACUAUCUUUAUAUUUUCUUGAAGACUAUGUAUUUUAAAGACAAAACUAAAGCAUACAAUUUUAUAUCAAACAUUAAGAUGGAUUAUUGUCCAUUGAGUUCAUUCCCCAUAUAAUGUGGUAUUUCUUACCCUGAACACCUUAGUAGCUAUAUCACUUCAGAAGAAGACAGUUUCCCUGAGUAAUCAUCACUUACGGCUGUUUGAGAUUCUGUAAUAAGUCCAUGACACAGUAUCUUGGCGUUGUAAAUUCAGUAUCCCAGAACUUGAACCUUUAUGCUACUUUUUGAGGUUUUUUAAUAAAGUUAAUCAGUAAAAAAUAUUUUUUAUCUAAAUAUAGGCUCUACGAAUCUGUUAGAGUUUAAGAUUUGCCAGUGGUUUGUCUUGUUAGUUCACAUUUUUGUCUAGGCAAGGAACAUAAGAUUUCAAAUAAAAUUUUGAACCAAAAACAUUUA